UCGUUUUGCGAGGCGGAACUUUCAACGUUUAGGCUCCGGCGGAACGACGGACUUGUCUCUCAGACGGACCCGGAAGCAGCGUGAGGUUACCGAAGAGUCGCUCUGGAGAAGUGUCGCACCUGUUUGUCUGACUGUCGCUUCCCUCAGAGCCCCAGAGAUGUUGAGAAGUGCCUCCGCUCAGAUCUUCAGACAGGCGGUGAGAUGCAGCAGCACCGACGCCAGCCUCAUCCUGGAGAGAUCAAUAAACCGCGUGCAGCUGUUGGGUCGUGUCGGCCAAGAGCCGGUCAUGAGACAAGUGGACGGUCGUAACCCUGUUACCAUCUUCUCCAUGGCGACCAACGAGAUGUGGCGCUCCGGAGAGGGAGAGAUGACGUCCACAGGUGACAUCAGUCAGAAGACGACGUGGCACCGAGUGUCCGUGUUCAAGCCUGGUCUGAGAGACGUGGCCUACCAGCACGUGAAGAAAGGGUCCAGGCUCCUGGUCGAGGGGAAACUGGACUACGGAGAGUACGUGGACAAGAACCAGGUCCGACGUCAGGCCACCACCAUCAUCGCAGACAACAUCAUCUUCCUGAGCGACAACAUGCGAGACAGAAGCUGAGGAACUUUCCCUCCGACAACGAGACAAACAUCGUUUUCUUUUUGUACAAAAAUAAGACUUGAGGACCUGAAUGCAGCCGAGUAGAGGAACUGAUUGAGCCACCACAGGGGAGGGGGCCAGGAUAGGCUGCGACACUGUGAUCGUCGUUUGACUGUUGCGCCUUCUGCUGGUGGAGAAAGACAACUUGGAUGCAGAAAAAGUCCACUUGUAUUGAGUCAAUAUAUAUAUUUCCUCUUAUUGUUUCAGAUUUUUACUGUGCUACAUGUACAUACGCGCUAAACACACACUUACUGCCCCUGUGAUAAUGUUGAGGGAGUCUGAGGGAUGAAAAAUACAUGUACAAUGUUUAAAUCACGAGGUUGAGGUUUUGAAAAGUUGUAGCUCCGUUAAGAGAAACUCUCUCUCAGUGUUGAAGAUCAUAGACAAAGUUAAUGUGUUUUAUUGAUUAUUGAUUAUGAUUUUGCAGUUUCAUUUCAGCUGUUACCCGUCUCAUCAUCGUCGUCCUGAGAGAAUACAGUAUGAAGCCAGUCAGUAUGAAACUCCUCUAUAAAAAAACACACCAGAUUAAACCUCCAGUGCUGCGUUCGA